AGAUACUCCUUUAGAAUAUAAGCAGUUAAUGGAACAAUGUUGGGAUGCUGAUCCAUCAGAAAGACCUGACAUAGAUCGUCUUUAUAAUAAAAUAUUUGAAAUUAGAAAUUUAUAUUAUCAAGACGGUUCAAAUGAACUAUACAAUGAGCCAUUUCAUAAGCACAAUAUUAAUUUGUAUCAAUUUUUUCAGUCAAACAAAAGUAAAAGUUCCAAAACAAACUAUGGAAGCCGAUUGAUUACAAGUAAAUUUUAUAACUUUGAACAUUUACCAUCAUUAGAACCUAAAAAUGCGACAGAAGCAUUUCAUAGUAAACCUUAUGCUUUUAAUCUUUCUGAUAGUAAUAAAUCAAGUACAUUGAAAAUAAAGAAGUAUUUUAAAGAUCUUAGUAAAAAUUUGACGGAUAAAUUUAAAAGUCUAAGGAUAAAUUCCGAAAAUGACGAUAAUCGAAAUGAAAAUGAAUUAUUACAACAAGCAAAUAAUAAUAUAAAUACUAAUCAUUAUAACAUGAAAUCUAAUUCAAUUGAUUUAUCUACAAGAAACAUUUUUGCGUAUAAUAGCAGUGAAACUAUCAUAUUAAAUAGUAGCAGAGAAUAUUCCAUUGGUAAUAUCUCGAGUAAAGAUUUGGCAGAAUCAUCAAGAACGAACAGAAUAACUACAGAAAAAGACUAUGUAGGUAUAACUAAUUCAGAAGAUCAAGAUGAGUUGGAAAUUCCUGAUGUUCUUGUUCAAACACUUAGUAAAAUACUAGAAACUCUAACAAAUUAAGUUUGUCUUAAUUUGAAAUAUUAACGUUGGAGUU